AUGGCAAGGUUUCAGCUUACAACAACUUGCAAUAGUGCAGUCCAGAUGUUGACAGAAGGACUGAUUGGCUGCAGACACAUCAUGGGAAAGACAGAAAAACACCAAGAUCCCACAAUGAACCCCUCUUCUGUUUACUACCUGCACCCCACUGAUACAAGCCUUAAGCUUGUCACCAAUACAUUCAAGGGUGUUGGGAAGAAUAAAAUUGGCUUUGUAGAUGGGACUGUUACUAAAUCAGCCACAAGUUCUUCACAAGCUAGGGCGUGGGAUCAUGUUAAUGAUAUAGUGAUUGGAUGGAUCAUAAAUUCUGUGGAUGACAAUAUAGCCAAGAGCAUUCUUUGGUUAAAAACAGCCAAAGAAGUUUGGGAUGAAUUAGAGCAUCGUUAUGGUCAGUCUUCAUCGGCACAACUAUUUCAUAUUGUGGAAGAAUUGAGUAAAGUGUCACAAACAGGUGAUAUGAGUAUAGAAGAAUUUUACACAAAAUUGAAGGGAAUUUGGGAUGAAUUGGAUGCCCUUAAUCCAAUUGUGUCUUGUUCUUGUGAUGGGUGUAACUGCAAAUUUAUCACAAAAGGCUAA